AAAUAGGUUAAGACUAGCUAACGUUAGCUAGCUAGCGAACUGGAGUUACAGUCCAGACUGACUGAAUUGCAAACAACAGAAGUCAGGGCAUGUUACGUUUUUGACACAUUUUUGUUUAACGGUACAAGCCCUGGUCAAAACAAACACUCGACUUUAGGAGAAAAAUGAAUAUUCUACCUAAAAAGAGCUGGCAUGUUCGCAACAAAGACAACGUCGCGCGCGUGCGUCGGGACGAGGCACAAGCCGCAGAAGAGGAGCGAGAGGUCCAACGCCGUGUGGAGCGAGCAGAGCAGGAGGCUCGAACAGAGCACCUGAGACAAAAGUCACGAGCUGCACUUCAACAGUCUGGAGGAUGGAAGGAUGAGGGAGGUGAGAGAGGAGGGGAGGGGAGUGGAGGAGUGGUGGAACACCUCAAUCUAUUUCCUCUGGAGGAGUCGUCUGAGAAGAAAGGAAAUGCAGAGUACCUCAAAGACCAGAAAGAUGAAAAGGAGCGCGAGGAGCGUGCUAUUGGUCUGCUAGUGUCCCUAGGCCCCCAACCUGGGACAGAGGUAACUCCAUGGUACAUGAAAACAGGCCAUGAAGAAGAGAAAGAUGAAGAAAAGAAGAAAGAGAAAGACAACAAAGGAAAGAGACUGCCACUCAGUCAAGAGGAGAAGGAGAAGAGAGACAGACGACUGAAAGACAUGCUGGACCCCUUGAAAGAGAUGAAGAAAGCACUGGCGGUGAAGGAUAGAAAAGAACAUAAGAGUAAGAAGAGGGAUAGAGGGGAGAGGAGAAGCAGUGGUGGAGAAAGCUCUAUUGAAAGGUUGAGAGCGGAGCGACUGCAGAGAGAGACGGAGGAGAAGAGGAGAGCCCAGGCCCUGCUGAACCAGAAGAAUGGAACAGGGAAAGAGAAGGAGCGACCAAGGGAGACAGAGGAGAGGGAAAUGCCGUACAACAGUGCUUAUUUCCCAGAGCUGGCCCGCAAGAGGCAGAGGAAAGACCGCAAUGCCUGGAGAGAUGGCAUCUUUUGAAGUCAUACAUCAUGCAGUCUUAUUGUUUGGGCAACAGACACAGAACAUUGAGGCAUUCAAGAUACAUUUAUUAGUAUGUGAAAGACAACGAAGACUUCGACAAGGACUAGAGAGCCUGGAAGGUUAUUCAGUUGUAUUGUUGUGAAAUGUGAGCCAGUGCUUUUAGCUUAUUCUUGCAGUAACAUGGAGGAGUUAUGCGUGUAAGUAUAUACUGUAAGUUGUUGAACUAGUGAAGAUGUGUACAAAAAUAGCUCAAAAUGCCACAUUGUUUAUUUAUAUAACAUCUAGGCUAUCCUGAGAAUCCUAAGCAGACUUUUUCUUUUUUUUAAAUGUAUUUUUUUAGGGGUGGAUCAGCUUAAUAUUGCGGAAAGAAUAUUGCUUCCAUCAAUGUAAUUGUCUGCAUCAUUUCCAAUCCCCCAUUUAUUUUUUGGGUAAAUAUAUAUAUCCCUACACGCAUGCAUACAUAUACACAUAUAUACAUACACAUACCUAUAUAGACAUACAUACUUUUUUAAAGAAUAUACCUUUAUUAUUAUUCCCCGCAAACCCUACCACCGAUCGCCCAAUUGGAGUAAACUAAUAAACACUUCGGCUUUUACCUUAUUCAUCUUAUACACAUUUUUCAGACCCAGUCUAUUUUACAAUAGUUCUUUUUUGUUUGUUUUUAGUCCUUCCUCUAUUUCUGAUGUCCAGACAGUUUGAUUUCUAUUUGUAACUGUGCUAUAUCACAAAAGUUCUGAACCUAAGCAGUUCUGAACCUAAUUUGUCAUUGAAUGAUCAAUGUUAUUUCUAAUGAGGUAGAAAAGGAAAGAACCAAUCAAGGGAUUUGGGACAGCUGAGUGUAGUGUUGGUGUCUGUCUGGCACCCUGCUCAAGUGUGAGACAAUACAGAGAACAUUUUGCUCCACAACACAAGACCACUGUUCAAGUUGGAGUGUGUUUGAUGUUUUACUAUUGAUGACAACAUUGUGUCACAAAUGUAAUUGUGUCAAUUCAAGUCUGUCAAGUCUAUUUUGUUUCUGAUAAUAGCAUGUGCCAAUUUGGGAGGUGUGUGUGUGUACAUGCAUCUGUUCUAUUUAACUAUCUGACGUAGACAGAGUUUAGGGUGGUUGGCCUAACUAUUAUUGCACAUUUUCCAUUUCAAUUAAUUCAACAAAAAUGAUAGGCCUGCCAAAUAACAAAA